AGAGAGAGAGAGAGAGAGAGGGAGAGAGCGAGAGAGACCAUCACAGCUGCAGUCUGCUCGCUGGCUCUUAAAGGAUUCUUAAACUUUGAUGUAGACAUUUAAUUCGAGCUCAGAUCAGCCCGCUGAGCUUUUCUAACACAUUUGGGACGAGGAGUAGAAACUUUUUGGUGACUCCUCUCUUUACUCCGGAGGAUUUGCUACCGACAACCCCGUUACCGACGGCUGGAGCAGGUGAGGACGCGAUCAGAGAUCAAGAACCAGCGCAGAGGUCUGGAGUCUGCGGACCACAUCCAGGUGCUGUCAGGAUCCCAGAACAACUUAUCCAAUCUGAACUCUCUCCCAGUAGCCAUGGCUGCCAACUUCACCCCUCAGGGUUGCGGCGCUAACGUGGACUCCCUCUACUACAACCUGUGUGACAUUAGUGUCGUGUGGGGAAUCGUGCUGGAGGCCUUCGCGGCGGCUGGUUUUGUCUUCUCCUUUGUGCUUUUCAUCUCGCUGCUGGCCAGCGUGCCCUUCAUACAAAGCAAGAACCGCAAGAGCUCAGUGGCUCUCCAGGUGGGCUUCCUGGUCUGCACCAGCGGUCUCUUCUGCCUGACCUUCGCCUUUAUCGUGGGAAAGGACUUCUCCACCUGCGCUUCGCGGCGGUUCUUGUUCGGGGUGCUGUUUGGUGGCUGCUUCGCCUGCCUCCUGAUGCAGUGCGUGAGGCUGAACAUCCUCGCCAGGCGAAACAGCGGGCCCCAGGGUUGGGUCUUGUGUCUGGGGGCACUGGGGCUGUGGCUGGUGGAGGUGGUCAUCAACACAGAGUGGCUGAUCAUCACAGUGGUGCGCCACCCACAAAUGCCACUCAACGCCUCAGCCGAAAUUAGCAGAGCAACGGCUAUACCUUGCAACAUCGCCAACGAGGACUUCGUCAUGGCGCUGAUCUACGUCAUGACCCUGAUCCUGGCUGUGAUGGUGGCAAGUCUGACCAUCAUGGUGGGCAAACACAAGCAAUGGAAGAUAGAAGGCGCCUCUAUCCUUCUAACCGACUUCCUCUCUGUCUGCAUUUGGGUGGCGUGGAUCGUCAUGUACGUCUACGGAAAUGAGAGGACCGGCGGGCCCACGUGGGACGACCCCACCUUGGCCAUCGCCUUGGUGGCGAAUGCGUGGGUGUUCCUCAUCCUCUACACCAUUCCUCAAAUCUGCUGUUUGACCAGUGAGGAUGAAAGCCAGCCAGGCUUCGGGGAAGAUCUGUACCCGAAUCGAGGAGUCGGCUACGAGACGAUCCUGAAGGAACAGAGCUCCCAGAACAUGUUCGUGGAAAAUAAGGCUUUCUCUAUGGACGAGCCCAACCAGGCGUCCAAGCCUGUGUCUCCAUACAGCGGCUACACCGGUCAGCUGCGUAGCUCAGUCUACCAGCCCACUGAGCUGGCUCUCAUCAGCAAAGCAGUGGGAAAUCACCCUCCGGACUCUUCUUCCUAUGGCAUGGUCAUUCCCAGAGCCUCCACCCACUCUGCAGCCAACAGCGGGAGCAGCACCCCGUCCACACACACUGAGAACCGGAGCACUCCACACACACAGACAAACGGAAAUAGCGGCAAUGGUCUGCAUAGGACGUCCCAGUGGUGAGCACGCCGGGGCUGUCAGCACCCGGUCGCAAUAACUUCACGUCUUUUCAUUUGCACUUGCUGACUGUACGUUUGCUGUGACCCGUGGUUCCCUAAGCUGGCUCUAAGAGGAACCCUCAACCCUGACAUGUGGAGGUGAACGCCAGGUCAUGACCCCUGAUGGAAAAGCAGCUUGUUUUGACUGAUUUACCGUGUGCCACACUAGGUAUCAGACAGUAUAGAGCUUCAUUUAGAAGUCAAAGCCAGGGGGUGAAGCCACGGCUUUGCUGCAGAACAAAGACUUUUUUGCAAUGGUCGCCAUUCACUGUGAGCGAACUGUGAGCUCUCUGCUGGACCCAAUCACACAGAUGAAGAGACACGGUGCUGAGCGCGCAAAAAAGUGGCUGAAGAGAACUCAAUAUUUGCAUGCACAAACACACAUUUGUGUAAAAGUGCACCCCUUCCCUCCACACAUACCAUAAACAAAUGUUAUUAUGGUCACUGCAGCGGUAGUAGUUUGGCAUGACGGCAACUCAAUUAUAUUAAAACCAGAUCUGCUUUAUUGGCUGAUUUAACAUACAAUUUACAGGAAGACAGAUAGAAAAUAGACACACAGGGAUAACAAGGCUGAAGAAGGUGUGCACAGUUUAAUUAUAGGGGUCAAUAAAUAUUAUUGUGCCUGGUUUUGUGAAUAUUGUUAAUAACCACAAAGUUCACAUAAUAUAGAGCUACUGGUGUUGAAUGAAUGUAAAUAUGUUGUCACUGUGUCAAUGGUUCUACACUGCAUGGGAGCACUGUAUGAAUAUGUAUAUUUAAUGGUAUUUAUAGCACUCCUGUGUGCUAUUUAAUUAUUUUAUCUCAUUUCUACCAAUCAAACAAUCAGUAGAAUACAGAAGUGAAAUCCUGCCUGUAAUUAGCUUGUUUCACUAGCUUAUAAUGCUCAAUGUAAUUUCUCAUAGAAGGGUUCUUUCAUCAGUUUCUUUCAUCAUUAUACGACCUUGUUAUUUUAACAAAGAUAAAAGACAAUUUUCUUAAAUAACAUAAUCCUGAAAUUUGGCUACAGAAGCACCAUCAGAGUUGUAACUAUCCCAAAAUGCAUCGUAGAAAAUACAAUCUGUGGUCCCUCAGUCGGAGCUAACUACCAUCAUGUGUUGUGCAGACAGCGGAAUAUAAUUAGAUGGAUGCUGGAUGAAAGGAACCUGAAUAGGGCUACAGGUGCCACCCGUACGCCCGGCCAACAGCUGUCAAUCAUGAUGUGAAACCUCCUUUUUAUAGCAUCAAAAAAGUAAGAAAGAAUGAACACUUACUUCAGUAAGCCCAUAUUUUAAUGUACUGAUGUGUGUUGAUUGCCCAGAUCCCAGCCACUGUGUGAUCUGUCUUUAAUAUAAAGCAAAUAAACAUUCACCUGUCAUGUUGUUUUCUAAUUAAAAUUGUAUGUUCACGUGUGGUGAUGAGGACAGGAGGGCUAAGGACCCACACCCCCCAAACAAGUUUAAUAAAGAUCUGCAUAUCUGAA